AGAAUUUCGCCGCGAAAAAAAUGUCGUGCCGUGUUUUGAUUCGUAACGUGGGUGGGAAUUUUCUCAAUAAACUGCCCAGGAAUUCCUGGAAUCUGUUUCCUAGGCACCUGUGUACCCCUGCAGGAACCCCUCCAAGUGGUGAUAAUGAAGAAAAACUGGGAGGAUUUGCCAAAGCUUUCAAAAAAUACACAGAACCUGAGGAGCAACUGAGUCCCAAACAAGAUCAGGCUUUUCCUGCUUUGCUGAGGAAUUCUAAAUUUAUGGAUCUGGGAGAUGCUGAGGGGAAAGUCGUUACCGGGAGGAUUUUUCAUGUCGUCAAUGAUGAUCUUUACAUAGAUUUCGGGUGGAAGUUCCACUGUGUCUGCACUCGUCCUGCUAAAAAUGCUUCGGAUUAUGUGAGAGGAGCCCGUGUUCGGCUGCGAAUCAAAGAGCUGGAGCUCUCUACGAGGUUUUUGGGAUCAGACAAGGAUAUGACGAUCCUAGAGGCUGAUUGCCAACUCCUAGGUCUCAUGAAUUCACCUGCCUCAUCUGCAAGAGCAUAGUUUCUUGUAAAAUAAUAGUUUACUAAAAUAAAUUUGUAUUUGAA